AGUAUGACGAUUUUCCUCUUUCAUCAAUACAUGAUUCUUUUCCAUUCAUCUCACGAUCAUCAUACCAACUAUCUACCUCAACCAAACUACUCUACAGCUAGUCUCAGGACUUCGGAGUAACUCACCUGCACCCUACAUCUUCUACCCUAUUAUAUAAUCAUUAUCCAAACCCACUCUCACAUCAAAAUGUCGCAAACAAACGGUACCCACACAAAGAAAGCCGUCCACUUCGGUGCCGGCAACAUCGGCCGUGGCUUUGUCGCCUGCUUUCUCCACAACUCCGGAUAUGAGGUCGUGUUCGCCGAUGUCACUGACAGGACUUGCGACGCCCUUAACAACCAAACCUCUUACAAGGUGAUUGAGGUUGGCGCCGAGGGCACCGAGGAGAAGACCAUCACAAACUACCGCGCCAUCAACUCAAAAACAAAAGAAGACGAGCUGCUCCAAGAGAUCGCUACAGCAGAUGUUGUUACAUGCUCAGUGGGCCCCAACAUCCUCAAGUUCAUCGCUCCUGUCAUUGCAAAGGGUCUCGACAUGAGGUCAGAGGAGCUCAAACCCGCCGCAGUCAUCGCUUGUGAAAACGCUAUUGGCGCCACCGACACACUCGCCGAGCACAUCAAGGAGCACCUCCCAGCCACUAGAGUGGAGGACCUGUCAACACGCGCCCGUUUCGCCAACUCGGCCAUUGACCGUAUCGUCCCCGCCCAGGACCCCAACUCCGGCCUCGACGUCAAGCUCGAGAAGUUCUACGAGUGGGUAGUCGACAGGACACCCUUUGCCGAUCAUGAGGUCCCAUCUAUCGAGGGUAUCCACUGGGUCGACAACCUUGAGCCAUACAUUGAGCGCAAGCUGUACACCGUCAACACGGGUCAUGCAACUGCCGCUUACCACGGGUACAAUAGGCAAAAGCGUACUGUAUACGAUGCUCUUCAGGACCGUGAGAUCCAGAGUGAGGUUCGUCGCGCGCUGGAGAACACCUCCAAGCUCAUCACCGCCAAACAUGGCAUCAACCCGGAGGAGCAACAGGCGUAUGUUCGCAAGAUCAUGACCCGCAUUGGCAACCCCCAUCUUGAGGAUGCCGUCGAACGUGUCGGCCGUGCCCCUCUCCGCAAGCUAUCUCGCAAGGAGCGCUUCGUCGGCCCCGCUGCUGAGCUUGCCGAGAAGGGUGAGGACUGCAGUGCACUUCUCGAUGCUGCAGAGAUGGCUUUGCGUUUCCAGAAUGUCGAAGAGGAUGCCGAAAGCAAGGAGCUGGCCAAGAUUAUGGCAGAGAACAGUGCCGAGCAGGUUGUCUCGCAGGUUUGUGGUCUGCAGCCUUCGGAGAAGCUUUACCCUAAAAUGGUCGAGAUCGUCCACAGGGUUCAGCAAGAUUCUAUGGACGACACUGAGUAAACUUGUGAAACCUGGCUAGACCCAAGUGUUUCUUGCUCUCAUCCUCUUUUAUUGAUGCUUGCAUCUCUUUUUUUUUCCUCCCCUUUCCCUUUACUUCUCAUUUCCUUGUUGCUUUUGCGAUUUGCUUUGAACUUUGACGACUUGCAUAUACCGGCGUUGGUCAAACAUAUGGAACUAUGAACGAAACUGUUUUUUGUUAUCUUUGGGCUUUUGUUUUAUGACAUGGAGAUUUGUUAGUGCUAGUCUGGAGUUUUGGCCGGCCCAUGCGCUCUUUCAGAACGUACACGGUGUGUACCCUGCGUGGAGGAUUGUUCCAAGCGUUUAUAUGUUUUCGGCACGCUGUAUUUAUCAUACACGGCUUGUUACCGAAAACGAAAAUAUAUACGAUUUUAUGAUAAAGGUUGCGUCUAAAUGCCAAGUGACAUCCGUCGUUGAUCGCUAUUUCAGCCGAACAGUAAAGUGUAGUCAAUGCGGCUCAUGGAAGGCUGUCACACGGAUUGCGAAUUACUUGGGGG